UGCUCUUGAGCUGCGUCGUCCACAAGCUGUCGGUCAUUCAUCUCUUUCUGAAACAGAUGUGGCCGACGUCGCCUCAUCUCUUCGGACGCAUGCCAAGACGCUUGGUAAUAAAUGAGUCGCUCCGUUUCAAAGUCAUCCAUCGUUGGUCAGUAUGGCAACAGUGGAAGAAUGUCCGUCCAUCCAUCUGUCCCCUCGUCAGAGACUUUGUCAUGCAGGCCAGCACACAGACGUAGCUUGGCUACAUGUAUACACCCACCCACCCACACACCAACACAGACACCAAGAUAUCUCAUCUCAAGAGCACGAUGGACGGCCUAAAUGCCACCCAUCAUGCCCCACAUAUCACGCAGCCGCCAGUGCGUCGAGUCUCCUCUCCUCUUCCAGGUCCAGCCGCCUCUCAUAGUUGCGCAUCAUGCGCUCUCGCCGAGUCGCCGACCUCACAGCUGGGUCAGCCGGCCGUCGCAUCCGAUAUCGCCGCCGCUUGGUGGCGUUGGGGCGCUUGACGAAGGGGCUGCUCACAUCAUAAGGCGCCUGCACACACACACACGCGCACACAUACGACAACAAUACAGCUGCAAUGCAGUGCGCGUGUAGCAAGGUAUGUCCACUGCCUUACCUGUGCUUUGGUGAUGACGGUGUAGUUCAUGCCGUAGAAGGGCUCGUCCAGCUUGCGGUAGGGCAUGGCCCAGUUGACAUACUUGUUCUGCAGGUUGCUGGCGUAGCUCUUGCCUCGCCAUGGGUGCAGCCCCUUGCCCGACGUCCACCACUUGACCUCCGGCGGGCCGUUCUCCUUGAUCCACUCGAGCUCCCUCUGCUCGCGCUUGAUGGCCUGGUGCCAGUUGCGCAGCGCACUGUUGCGGAACUUCCACUUCAUCUUCUUGGCCAUCUCCAGCUGAGUGCGGCCUGAUGCGCGACGAGGGGCAGAUGGGCGACCGACAUCAGGGGGGAAAGGGGGGGAGGUCAGGAAGCCGUCGAAGGCGCCGAUGAGGGUGGAGAGGUCAUCGGAUGGGGAGGGGGGUGGGGGAUCUGACGGGAUGAGUGAGGGGAGGGCCAGGGGGAGGGCGGACACCAGCAACAGCACUGCUCCAAGCAUGGAUGCCAUCGCCGCUAGUGCGCCUUCGCCUUCUUCACUGCAUUUCGCAGAAACAGCCGC